AUGAAGGCAGAGAAAGAAUGUGACUAUUUUCAAGCACAGCUGACCAACAAGGAGGGCGAGAUAAACACACGGCUGAAGAUGAAAGCACUAAACUGUACCCUGAGCAAAGCAGCUCAGGCUGAGCUGGAGAAACUGAGGCUGGAUGUGAAGCUAAUCGCGCUGAAUGCCUCGCGGCCGUUUAACGGUCGUUCCCCUUCCUUCCUCCUCGGUGCCCCGCGGCCGUUUAACGGUCGUUCCGCCGCCGGCGUCCCCCUUUCUGGGCGCCCCGGUAGCGACGCGCGUUGUUUCUGCCUUGCAGUGAGCGUCACGGUGGCGGGCAAGCAGUAUCUGCUGGGGCUCUACGACACCGCCGGGCAGGAAGACUAUGAUCGACUGAGACCUUUAUCUUACCCUAUGACCGAUGUCUUCCUUAUCUGCUUCUCAGUGGUAAACCCUGCUUCAUUUCAAAAUGUGAAGGAAGAGUGGGUACCGGAGUUAAAGGAAUAUGCACCUAAUGUACCCUUUUUAUUAGUAGGAACACAGAUUGAUCUUCGUGAUGACCCAAAAACUCUGGCAAGACUGAAUGAUAUGAAAGAGAAGCCUGUAUCUGUGGAUCAAGGACAGAAGUUAGCAAAAGAGAUAGGAGCCUACUGCUAUGUGGAGUGUUCAGCUCUAACACAGAAAGGACUGAAGACUGUUUUUGAUGAAGCUAUUAUAGCCAUUCUAACUCCAAAGAAACACACGGUGAAGAAGAGAAUAGGCUCAAGGUGCAUAAACUGCUGCUUGAUCACGUGAGAUACAUUUGACAACGGCCAGGCUUACUGUGAAAUUCUAUCGACUUUAAAUACAAUGCAUUAAGUACACAGCCAACUUGUUACAGGCUUGAAAGCUAAAACUAUGAUUCUGCCUUCUGCAACCAGUGGAAUCCAGAGGGACAAAAUCAAACUCAAUGAACUUGUAAUAAGAAACCACCACAUCUGUUGCAAAUAUUUUAUUCAGACUGGAAGGUGUACUCUCUCAGGGUUACAUUGUCUAGAGAAAGCAACUGCACCAUGUUGAAACAGCAUCCAUGUGAUGCUAUUGAGUGGAGAUGCUUGGCCCAAAAUAUUCAAAAUGAAUUUGGAUAGCCUUUUGCUUUGAUUAUACAUAUAUAUAUAUAAAUA